AUGGAGAAAGAGAAUAUCUUUUGUGUAGACAACGAGGGUUUCCGCUUCAUUUGUGCUCGCUUCAGUGGGCCGACUUUCUCGGGACUGGACUUUAACAAGUUUACGCUCAGCUGGAAGCACUCGUCCAACGAGGUUCGCCGCUUGUUAGCUCAUGCGGCAAGCGCUUCUCCGUACGACACGUCGUCAACAAAGUCUCUGAAUCAGACGAGAACCUGGACCAAUCAAUUGCUCGUUUCACUUUACCCGAUGAGCACUAUGAUUUUGGAAAAUUGUGCCCAGCUUGAGGUGGAAAAGGCGCGACUCACGGACAAUGCUUAUAGUAUCGACGAGCUGCGCAACCUAGAUGCCCCCAAAGUGACCUCAUUGGAGAUCGUAGCACUUAAAAAGGCGCAAGUGGUUUGCAAAAGUCGGAAGUGUGUACGAUACGAGGUUGUCGGCGGAAAAGUGGAGGUCAUUCAUAAAGUGUGUCACAAAGAGUGCAACUCGAAGCCAAACGCCGGCUUGGAAAGGUGUUUGAUUUUUCGACAAACCAACCCGGGACCCGGAAUCUGCGAACUGUGCUUGUGUCCAAUGAAAAAACACAAACGGGUCGAUUUUGAGCAGAAAAUCGUCACAAGGGUGACCCAAAGUCAACAAAUUUCCAUGAUGCCCUUCACGGAGAUGCGCAAGAGACUCAUGCACAAACGCGAGCGUUUAGCAAGCGAGUACUCUAAGGAACUGAAUUACAUCCUCUUUGCAUUGGCCACUUUUUCGCUGUUCCUUGACGAAAAUCAAAUCUCCAAACAAACAAAUCCAGUCAAACACCAGUUGCAAAAGUUGUUGGACGCCGAGGAGAGACAUUUGUCUCGAGUCAAGAACGGAGACCCAAAGAAAGUCACUCAAUUGAGGCAUCUCUUCCAAAUGUACUGUGAAAAUUGGGAGAAGUUAGUUGAUCAAAAUGGCAAAAAAGUGACAAUUGAAGAGUUGGCAAUAGUACGAAAUAAGUUGUUUUCCAUGGCGCACACUGGCGCAAAAAUUGCCGAGAUUUUCGAGAUCAACGUCGACACCGACCAUCAAGAGUCCGAGGCCGCCGUCACACGAUGCGAGCCGCGCUUUUAUGAG